UUGGCUUGAGGGAAUUUUACCCACCUUUGACUAGAGAGAGAGAAUUUUGUCUGAGGAGCUACAUUUUAAAAAUGCAACAGUGGGGACAGAGUUAGAAAAGGAAAUCCUCAUAGAAAACGUUGAACAAGCCUGUGCUAAAAGACUGGACCAGUGGAGAUGUUUUUGUACAAGAUGUUUCUCUAUUCAAACAUCAUGGUGCUGCUCCUACUGCAGAUGGCUCUGUCAAGCCCACUGACCACACCAUCCAGAGGAUGUCCCACCUGUAAAGGAAAGCACUCACAGACUCAGCCGUCAGUAGAUUCAAACGCCACAGUUCUGGCUGUUGGGGAGGCGUGUGGCGUCUACACUCUGAGCUGUGCCUCCGGUCUGCGGUGUGCACCUCCAGAUGAUGAGCCGAGGCCCCUCCGUGCACUGCUGGAAGGGAGAGGAGUCUGCAGCAACGCCAGCAGUGUCAGCCCGACUGAACAGGUCCACAUAGCUGCCCCAACUCCUACUGAGGAUCCAGAUGAGGCUCCAUGUCGUAAGCUGCUGACCACCCUCAUCAAAGGUCUUGAUGCCCAUUUAUUUAAGUCACAUCACGAUAUCUACAUGCCCAACUGUGACAAGCGCGGUUUCUUCAGAAAGAAGCAGUGUUGGUCAUCUCGGGGUAAGCAGCGUGGAAAGUGUUGGUGCGUGGACGAGAACGGCAUGCCGGUCUCUUUAAACACCAAACAGAAGGGCAGUCUGACUUGUUAAAAUGCAUGAAGGAGGCUGAAGCUUCAGUACCAAUUAGGAUUAAGAUGAAGGAGCACCAAACAGAGUCUAAAGGAACUGAACACAGUGUCUCAUAUGUCCAUUCUCCAUCAGCUAGAAGCAGCUCUCCACCACUGACAAGCUGCUUCACGUCCAGGUGAAACUUUGUCUCCUUGCGCCCUCUACUGAACGUAUGUAAACUUAGUUAUAUUAUGUAAUAUGUAUAUCAACAUGUGAAAUUAUCCAGCCACAUUUUAGCAAGAAAAUCAGUUAGGUCGAUCUGUAGUAGACUGUAAUUUCUGUUACCCAACAAUAUAUCACUGCUUUAACUCGUAGAAACUAUAAAGUUUGGGCUGCAAAUGUUCAUCUUUUCUCAUGUCACCAACCACAUAUCAUAAUCUGAAUUUGAAACAUGAUCAUUUUUCAGUUUAUGUUUGCUUAUUUGUUUUUGUGUGUUGUCAAUGUAUUGUAUUUAUAUAUUUUCUGUAUUUUUUUGUUUGUUUUUUACUUUGAAAACACUGUAACUGUUACUGUAUUUGCUGUACACAAUCUCAUGUAAUCCUAUUUAUACUACUUUAAAUAUGACAUUCUAUUUAUGUUAAUAUUAAUGGUACCUUUAGUGAUUACCCAUAGAAGCAGACACUAGUGUCUUUUCGGACAUUUUAAGUGCCUGAAAACUUUAUGGUUUUAAAGAAUUUGGGGGCAUUAUUACUUUUCAAGACUGAUGCUGAUGUACAGUAUUACAAAAAUGUCCUUGAGGGACUUAUUUUUUGUGGAUUGUAUGGGCUGUUAUAAUAAAUCAAAUCAAAUCAA